AUGGUAUGUGUAACAGCUUCUAGAAUGAAGAAAAGCAAUAAAUGUAUAUUAUUUUUUCUUUCAAAAAAACGCAAAUUUAAUAGUUUUCAUGAAAAUUACAAAAAUGUUGAUAGGGAAAUUUUCGAGUGCAAAGAAAUUAAUGAUCACAAUUACAAUGACAUAGUAACUAAGGAAAAGACUCUUUUAAUUUAUGGGUAUGCUAACUAUGCUUAUACAUGUUUAAGCUGUUUUAACAAAUUAAUGGAUAUAGCAAAUAAGGGAGUGAAAGAUAAGAUAGAUAAAAAAUUUCUUAUAUUUAAAUUAAAUAUAAACAAUAAUAAUUUGCUAGUUCAUAAAUUUCAUAUAAAAUCUAUUCCUUUAGUGCAACUGAGACAUAAAAAUAAACUAAUUGAAGAAAUAUAUGGAAAUGAGUUAAACAAUGAAAAUAAUUUGAAGAAUAUACUAAAUAGAUAUCAGAGCUACUUUCAUUCAAUAUAUGAUUUAGGUAAUAUAAACGAUUUUUUAAGUAGAGAAGAUGAGUUAUCGAAGGAUGGGUUCAUAGAGCAUAUGCAGGAUUCCUUGCAAAUAGACCAAAAUAGUCCUGCGAAAGAAGGAAAAGAUGAGAGUAGUGGCAGUGCCAGUAGCAGCAGCAGUGACAAAAGCAGUAAUGAAAAAAGUUCUGUUGACCGAGUGCAAGAAUUCUUUAUAAGGGAUUUUCUAAAUAAUUUAGAGUUAAAUCAUCAGUGCAGUUCUUAUGUUCUAUAUAAAAAAUUAGAAGUACUACUAAAUGAAAAGCCAAAAAAGAUGAGUAAUGCAAUCAAGUUAUUUUUAAACGAAAUAAUUUUUAAUCAUAGUACCUACUUAGACAUUAAUAAUCAGUAUAAUAAAAUAACAGCAAAAGCUUUUCUCUAUUUAUUUGAUGAAGACAAUUUUUCAUCCAUUGAAAAACUAAUUGAAUUAAAGAAUUAUUUGGAAUGUGAACAAGACAUUACUCCUACGAAAAUGCAAGACUUGAAGUUACUUAGUUUGAAUGAACCUAUAAUCACAUUUGAUGAUUUUAAAAACAUUUAUUUUAAAAAAAUUAAAGGUAUUGAUGAAUUUUUUUCAAGUGAGGGGGACCAAAACAGGAUAACAUUAUGGUUAAGGGAAAAUACAUUGUUAAAUGAAAAUGAUAAAGAAGAUAAUAAAAAGAUAAAAAUGGGAGGUGAUAUAAGAACAGUAUACUUGAGUAGAGUAUAUAGGAUACUCGCAAUCAAAUAUUUUGAUAUAGAAAAGUAUGACAAUUCAUUCCAUUAUGCUGUGGAAUCAUAUAAAUUAACAUACCCUUUAAACAAUAUAGACACUAAGAAAUCAAAAGUACUUAUUGAAAAUAUGAUUUUAUCCUUAGGAGCAUACAAUAAAAGUGUUAUAAACUUUUUAAGUAAAUUACAAUUUUUAUUUACUGACAAAUUUUUUAAAAUAGUCAAAUUUCCUCAUACCAGAGCAAUUAAAGGAGGAAAGCCUAUGAUGAAAAGAGGAAAGUCAGGAAAGUGGUUGUGGUUAAGCCAAGAUUGGAAACCUAGAUGGCUUAAGAAGAAAACAAAAUUAAUUUUAGAAGAGGAGUGGAAAUGUGUUCCUGAUAAAAAUGUACCCUUUUGGAAUUAA